AAGCAGAGCCACAAGCCAGCCUUUCGAUCUCCUGUUAAAGUGAUUAGGCCUUCCUCCUUGUCCCCAGGGGAUCCUGGAGCCCAUCCUGCUCUGCUUCGGGCCAUGACGAUUCUGCGGUUCAUCGCACUUGCUCUGGUGACAGGGCAUGUAGGGGGAGAGACGAGGAUCAUCAAGGGUUACGAGUGCACCCCUCAUUCCCAGCCAUGGCAGGUGGCCCUCUUUCAGAAGACACGACUUCUCUGUGGGGCAACCCUCAUCACCCCCAAAUGGCUCCUGACAGCAGCCCACUGCCGCAAGCCCCAUUACCUGGUCCUCCUUGGAGAACACAAUCUGGAGAAGACGGAUGGUUAUGAGCAGAAGCGAACGGCCACCGAGUCCUUCCCUCACCCCGGCUUCAACAACAGCCUCCCCAACAAAGACCACCGGAACGACAUCAUGCUGGUGAAGAUGUCAUCCCCCGCCGUCGUUACCCGGGCUGUGCGGCCACUCACCCUGUCCUCACACUGCGUCACCGCGGGCACCAGCUGCCUCAUUUCCGGAUGGGGCACCACGUCCAGCCCCCAGUUGCGCCUGCCUCAUUCCUUGCGAUGUGCCAACGUCUCCAUCAUCGAACACAAGGAGUGUGAGAGCGCCUACCCAGGCAACAUCACAGAGACCAUGCUGUGUGCCAGUGUUCGGAAGGAGGGCAAGGACUCCUGCCAGGGUGACUCUGGAGGCCCUCUGGUCUGUGAUGGAUCUCUUCAAGGCAUCAUCUCCUGGGGUCAGGACCCAUGUGCAGUCACCAGAAAGCCUGGUGUCUAUACAAAAGUCUGCAAAUAUAUUGACUGGAUCCACGAGACUAUGAGAAACAACUAA